CAUUUAAUUUAAUCAAAAUAGCUUUAACAAAACAGUCAUUAAAGCUGAUGAAUGAUGAUGAAAAGUUCAAACGGGAGAGAUAAAGGGGUUUGUGUCUGAUAAUUAUCUCAAUGUGAAAAUGCACCACAGCAUUCAAGAGCAGAGACAUGCCUUCACCAACAACAACUGAAGCCUGGAGAUGCUCCCAGCAAACGUUUCAAGGCAAGUUAUCCAAUCACAGGCCUUUAUUGUAUGCCGGCCCAAUAAGACUCCACAUGGUGUCUAAUUACAGUAGCCCACACACCUUGAUUCUGGAGACGAAAUAAAUAGUAGAGCAAUGCCCCAUUGCUUAGAACAGAUCUACAAUGGAACAGCAGAACGCUUACAGCGAGGCUGCUGACAUGAAUUCAGACAACUCCACCUUGCAGUGCAAUUUUGAAAACUGUUCCUACUCCAACGAAUAUGAGACCUACCUCUUUCCCGCUUUCUACGGGAUCGUGUUCUCGGUGGGGCUGGUGGGGAACCUGAUCGGCUUGGGGGUGAUCGUGCAGCUCCUGAGGAACCGCAAUGUCCUGGGAGUCUACCUGCUGAACCUCUGCAUCUCCGACCUCGUGUACAUCACCACCCUGCCCGUGUGGGCUGCCUACACCCACAACCCAGAGGGCUGGACCUUCGGAAUAACCGCUUGCAACUUCGUCGGCUUCUUCUUCAGCACCAACGUCUACACCACCAUUGUGUUCCUCAGCUGCAUCUCCAUGGACAGAUUCCUAGCUGUGGUCUACCCGUUGCGAUCUAGAGGUCUCCGGACUAUGAAAGUGGCCAUCCUGGUGUGUGUGGUGGUUUGGCUGAUCAUUUUGGGCUCCCAUUCGGUACUCUUGUUCCAUCAGGAACUCUUUGUGGAGGGCCAUGGCAUCAAGCUCUGCUACGAGAAGUAUCCCACGGAACCCUGGUUGGCCCAGCUGAACCAUUUCCGUGUCUUUGUGGUCUUCCUCAUCCCCUUGGUCCUCUUGUUGGUAUCCUACAGCAUGACCAUCAGGGUGAUCAACCAAAGUUCUUCCCUGGAGGUGAGGAGGAAACGAAAGAUCACCGGGCUCCUGCUCAGCAUGAUCACCAUCUUCGUGGUGUCCUACCUGCCCUACCACAUCAUCCUCUUGGUCCAGUCCUACCUCAGUUACUCUGAAGACUGCUCCUGCGAGGUGAAUCGCAGGAUCCGGCCAGCCUACAGGAUCAUCUUUGCUUUAACCAGCAUCUCCAGUGCCUUGGAUCCAAUUUUGAACAUUUUCGUCAGCAACAGCGUGAAGCAGGACAUCAUGAGAAAUGCCGUCGCCAUCCAGGAUUGGGCAGCCAGGUUGUUCUCUUCGGAUUGCCUGAAAGUCCCAAGGAAACCUUUCUUGAAAACCGUAAACGAGAGAGUCAGUGCGGACAACUGCCUCAGGAACCACAUCCCCACGGGUCUACAGGAGAACAGACCAAUCAGCCAAGACGCAGCUCACCUCUCUUUAAGUUAAAUUUCUUUCUUCUUGUUGGCAUCACUGGUUCUCUUUACAGUGGAUAUCUGUAGGGUUAGUAUGUUUUUGCUUUUGAGAUUUGCAGAUUUCUCAACAGAAAAAAACAAUACUGUUUCAUGGUAUCUCUCCACUUCCCGUGCUAUAGAUUAAAUGGUCUAAGUGCACCUUGACCCUUGGAGAGAAUUGACUGAAGCAAAGUGAUCAGGUAUCCAAAGACAACUGACAGCUUUUAAUGCUCAUAUUUCAAGCAUCUGCAAAGAACUGAACUCUUCAAUAGAAGAGCAAAAGUGCUUAACAAGAAGGGAUCGGGGAAGGUGUUGUGCUCAUAAGAGUUAAGGAACUGUUUCAAAGGCUUCAACUUUUCAGUUCAAAUGGCUGCAGAGACUGAGAACUACAGGAAGGGCUGGACCGACAAUGCUGGCUGGAACUAUUACACUGAAACUGUCGAGCCAAAAUAGGCCGACACCUGAACCUUGCAUUGCUCAUCUCAGCUUGUUUGUAUCCAGAUAUGUUGAAUUCAGACAGUCUUACCUUUUUUUUUUUUUUUUUUUUUUUUAAUAGAGCGUUUAAGUGUUAUGGUGAUUUGCAACACUAUUGCUUAAACAAGUCAUGGGGCAUUUUGUCAUUUGGCUGUCAAGUUUACAAAGCGCACAUCACUGAAUUUCCAAAGCGAACCGAUUGAACUUCAUUUGUGUUGCUUGCAGCAGUAACCCAAUGGGAAAAUCACUUGCAGCAAUGGCAUUGGAGGCAAAAUCAAGAAAGAAAACAGAUGUUGCAGAAAGGGCUUGCUUUUUACCCCCGUGCGAUGUUUCAUGUUAUGAAAUUCCACAAAGUUUACAAAGUCUCUCAUGUUAAUUUCUCAGUUUCCCAUCAUGCUGUUCCCCAGGUUGUACCCUGUAUCCACCCUUUAAAUAUUUACAAAAAAACACAAGUUCUCUGGCUUUUCUGUUCCGUACCACAUCAUGGAUC